CUGGCUGCUCUUAGAAAUAAAUAACGGAAAUACAUCUGCAAUACCCUGAAAUGGCUUUACAGUUUAAAGACUCUUUUUGGAGUGCAGAAUUCAUUAGUAACACAGGCUACGAGGCUCUGACUCAGAGACUCAAUGAUGGACGCAGGACGUGCAAAGACCUGGAGGACCUGCUAAAAAUGAGGGCCUCGGCUGAAGAGAAAUACGGUAAAGAGCUGGUGGCCAUAGCGCACAAAGCCGGAGGCCUUUUUGAGAUCAGCACACUAAGAGCAUCGAUUGAUGAAAUGAAAAAACAAAUAGAAAACGUGGGGAAGCAGCACAUGCACCUGGCGGUGGAGCUGAGGGAGGAGGUGAAGAGGAUGGAGCAGUUCAGAGAACGACAGAAGGAGCAGAGGAGAAAAUUUGAAUGUGUCGUGGAGAAGCUUCAGAAAACUAAAGUCUCACUUUAUAAGAAAACCAUCGACUCAAAAAGAUCUUAUGAACAGCGCUGCAGAGACGCAGAUGAAGCCGAGCAAACGGCAGAGAAGAUGGACAACGCUCCCACAGCGACGCCCAAGAUGAUCGAGAAGAUGAAAAUCAAGUCAAAACUGUGCAGAGAAGAGGCGGGUAAAGCUGAAAAACUCUACUCGGCGAAUGUGGAACAACUCGACAAAAUCCGCCAGGACUGGGAGUCGUCUUAUAUCAGCACAUGUGAGAUGUUUCAACAACAGGAAGAAGAUCGUGUUAAUAUUCUGAGAAACGCCAUGUGGGUUCACUCCAACCAUCUGUCCAGCCUGUGCGUGAAAGACGACGAGUGUUAUGAAAACAUGAGGAUAGUUCUGGAAAAGUGCGACGCCGUCGAGGACAACAACUGUUUUGUGGAGAUGAAAAGCACUGGCUCCGCCCCCCCAGCUCCCAUCACUUUCCAAGAUUAUUACCAGUUUGACACAGCCACUGAAAAACACGGAAGCAGCCGGUUUGUUGGAGUGAUGAAACGGUUUUCAGGUUUGCUUCAGGCCACGACGUUCAAAGUGAACCUGCCUGAACCUGGAGUGGACUCGAUUGUUGAGAAUCCUGAUGGGAUCUACGCCUCUAUCCCGGGACAUCCAGGAGAGGACUGCGGAACGUUCAGAGUCAUGUACGACUACACGGCACAGGGAGACGAUGAGCUUUCGGUGUUUGCGGGCGACACGGUUCUGGUGACAUUGCGAGGAGACGACGGCUGGUGGACCGUCCAGUGCAACGGACACUCAGGCUUGGUUCCAGGCUCGUACCUCUCCCCGGACUCGAGUACUUUACACGCAGAACAAUAACCUCCUGAUGCAGCCGUGGAGCAUCCUCAGCCUGUGUGGGUGUUCAGGGCCGCGUCAGCCAACAACAUUAUUUAUACAGUUUGGAUGGAUUUUUAGUGUUUAGUCACAGUAACAUUCAUGUUUAUGUUCAGACCUGUGAUGGAGACUUGUUUUUAUAUAAAUCUAUAUUGUUCUAG